CCUUUUGAAAUGAAAACAAGCCUUCCUGUCUGCGGCCACAUAAUCGACACAUAACGUUGAAUAUAGUUCAGACACAUGAUGAUCUCCGUAACGAACAGCCAUGAGGUGAAAAGUUGCAGCUGGAAAACAAAUUCAUCAAACCUGGUUGCUGGUCCCUGAACGCAACACUGUGGUCCCUGAACGCAACACUGUGGUCCAGCCUAACCUGGCUUUUCUUUGCAGGCUGAUCGUUACAGCUCUGGGCUGAUGCUGACAUGGCCUUUUAAUGAGAGACAAUCAUGGACGACUCAGACCAGGAUUUUGUAGAUCUCUGCUCAAAGCUGCUGAAACGAGUCCGCAAGAAACCAGGUGAGCCCAGACAGGCGAGGAAGGCAGAGCAACAUCCCUCCAGCCAGGCGAGCAACGGUGACAAGAAAAGGAGAAAUAACAACAAAAGAGAUGGCGAUGUUGGGUCUGCUAAGUGUGCCGGGACCCAGCCUGUUUGUACAGGUGCAGAAGCGAAAGAGCCUGUCAUCUGUGGACGGACCGGAUAUGACUCAGGAGAUGCUGGGUCGUCAGGUGUGUCUGCAGCUGCAGCAGCAGCAGCAGCAGCAGGACUGAAAGCUGAGAGAGGUUUGAGGGCGAAAGACAAAGUGCUCGACAGAAUGCAGCAGUUCAAAAGAGCCAGUCCACAGAGGAUGAUGCACAAGGACAAAAGCCAGACGACGGACCACGAGAGGGACUGUGCUGCUCCUCCACCUCUGCUGCAAAGACACGAUUCCUUCAGCUCAGGUCUCCACCUGGAGCCCCAGGACACUGAUGAGGCUCUGGCCCUGAGGCUGCAGCAAGAGCUGGACAGGGAGGCAGCAGCAGUCCCGACGGUGGACCUGGAGGACGGAGGCCUCUUCUUCUGUCAGAUCUGCCACAAAGACCUGUCGCACAUGAGCCCUGAGGGGCGCACGCAGCACCUCAACAGGUGUUUGGAUAAGAGUGAAGAGAGUGCUCCAGCCCCUUCUCCUCCUCCUCCCCCUCCCGGUGUCCCUGACUGUCCCAUCUGUGGCAAGAAGUUCAAGUCCCAGAAGAGUCGCUCAACUCACCUGAAGCGCUGCUCCACAGACAUGGGUGUCUCUCCGGCUGUGCUGCUGCAGGCUCUGCAGAGACAAAGUGAGGAGACCCAGAAUGUGCCCGCUGCCAACACCACAGAAACUGGAGGCACCAAAAGAAAAGGCCCGACCAUGCCAGGCGUCCAAGCGAGGAAGAAACCUAGAAAGAAGGCUGAACCAAUGGACGAAGACACCAUGGUGGCCCUGGCUCUGUCCACCUCUCUUCUGAAUCAGGAGAGGGAGUCAGAGAGGUGGUUACAAACUGAGACCGCUGCCUGUGACGUUGCCGGUACUCCAGUGCUGAAGUGGAGACCAGAGGCAGGUAAGGGGCGUGGGAAGCGGAAAAAAGGCGCCGUCCCUCGACCUCCUCCGCUCCUUCUCAUUCAAGAUGCUGAGGUGGCUCUGACGAGGCUGCAGGAGCGUGUCUCUGCUCUACUCCUCCGCAGCCGGCCUUCCUCUCCUCCAACUCCAACCCGCUGCCCCAGCAGUCUGCCUGGCUGGAAAGGUGCUGCCCCCCUCUGGCAGAUGAGCGCGCUACUGCAUGGUGGCUCCACCUGUCUGUCUGAUUUCUACACCCCGGAGCUCAGAGAGUUCAUCACGCCUUGGGAAUCAUCGACGAUUGAUGCGGCCACCUCCAACACCGUCAACAAGCCUGAAUCUUCUGUCCAACCUACGAGUGAAGGAACUCCUGUUACAGUAGCCAAGGCCUCCAUCCUCCUAUCCUCCUCUCAGACUGCUGCCUCCUCUCCGGCUCCCUCUACCCCGGGGACAGGGCAACUCCCAGUGAGCAGCCAGACACUCCGAGACCUGAUGGAGCUGGCUGAAGAUGGCAUGACCAUGACCCAGUGUGGUUACACAGCUUCAGACAAGAGUGCCUGUCCAACCGUAAACCUUCAUCUGAGCGGCUUCCUCCUGGAGGAGUCAGAAGAGCAGGCUGAUCUCUGUGUGAGCGGCUUCCUACCAGAAACCACACACACAGAUGACAGCAAGGACCGAGCGAGGAGGACGACCUAUCAGCCGGGAGCAGAUAAAACUCAAGGCCAAUUUGUGGCGCUGUCCAGGCUGUCAUCAGACCUGAGCAGCAUGGUGAACAACCCUCAGCUCAGUGAUGUGCAGCUCCAGGUGGACAGUGGAGAGGUCUACUUUGCUCAUUCCUUCAUGGCGCUUGCUCGCUGUCCCCUGCUGGCAGAAAUGGUACAUGAAAGUGGUUUUGGGGUGCAGGAGGAAGGAAUGCCUGCAGCCCAGAGGGUGUUGAUAAGCGACGUCCCAGGACAGGCAGUGUUUGCUUUGCUGCAGUACAUCUACACAGCACGCUGCUCCAUCCCAGGAUCAUUGUGGCCUCAUGUACUGGAGCUUGCAUCCAGGUUUGACUUGCAGGAGCUACAACAGCUUUGUGAGCUCCACCAGGAUGCAGCAACUUUGGGAGAUGAGGAAGACUACACAAAUGUCAACAAUCAAAUAGAUCAGGCCUUUGUGGAGCUGCUCCGCUCCAUGUGGAACGAAGAGGAUGAAGACAACGAGGGUACGGAUACAGAUGAAGGAAGAGACGAAGAGAAAGGUUUGAAAGAAGAUCAUCGAGCUGAUGACCUCACAGCAGUUGAAAGAGAGAUUGGUGAGGAGAAGGUGAACGAAGAAGAGCUGGAGGAGAUCUAUGAGUUUGCUGCCACGCAGAAAAAGAGGGAGGAGAGAAGGACAGCGUGGACGAGGAGGAAGAAGAGGAGGUGGUAGAUGAGGAAGAUGACGCAGAAGAAGUAUUCACAAAAC